AUGCGCGUCUUCAUCACAGGAGCAUCAGGCUUUAUCGGUUCCGCCGCCACCAGAGAGCUGCUCAGCCACGGUCACCAAGUGCUCGGUCUCGCUCGUAGCGAUGCCUCCGCCGACGCAGUCACCGAAGCUGGCGCCGAAGUCCUCCGAGGAGACCUGGAGGAUCUCGAGGCACUGAAGAGUGGUGCGAAAGCGUCCGACGCCGUUCUUCACCUGGGCUUCAUCCACGACUUUAGCAACAUGGCUCGAAACACCGCCGUUGAUCGGGCGGCCAUCAGCGCAAUGGCGGACGCCAUCGCCGGCUCGGGCAAAGCGUUGAUGAUCGCCUCUGGUAGCCUCAUGGUCAGGGCGAAAGGCGGCAUCGCCACCGAGGACACCGAGAUCACACGCGAGGCCGGCCCUUAUGACCGCUGGAAGUCCGAGGAUCUCCUUCUGUCUCUGGCCAAGGAGAAGAAUAUCCGGGGCAUGAUUGCCCGCUUUGCACCCACGGUCCACGGCGCAGGCGACAAAGGCUUCGCAAAGAUCUUCGUCGACAUGGCGCGCAAGAACGGCCGUGCGAUCUACACCGAUGCGUCUGCGCGAUGGCCGGCCUGUCACCGUCUGGACGCUGCCGUGCUGCUUCGUCUUGCUCUGGAGAAGGGCCAGUCCGGCGGAACAUACCAUGCUGUUGCCGAGCAGGGGGUCCUGCUCAAGGACACCCAGGAGUUGAUCGGCAAGCGACUGAACCUCCCUGCUACGUGCGUGAGUGUCGAGGAAGGUGCUCAGUCCCUUGGCUAUUUCGCUUACGCGAUGGCCAUGGACAAUCCUACGUCGAGCGAGAAGACUCAGAAGGAGCUUGGAUGGGAACCAAAGCAGAUUGGGUUGCACGAAGACAUGCUGGCAAAUUACUUUGGCUAG